AUGGGUGCUUCCCGCGACGAAGGACAUAUUGUUAGCAAGACGGAUUAUGAAUCCUCAACGGGUUCACGGCGAGCUCGCUGGUCAAUAUUUGGUCUCGCCAUUUCUUGCUUAACUUUGAGCUGGUGGUUUCUUCCUCAAGCUGUCCGCCUCAUUGAGCCUCUUUGGGGCAGUGGGCGGGUUCAUCACGGCCAAGCUAUCAACCAAAUCGUUCGAAAGUACAAUCUCACAGUCGGGGCGAGGUGGAUGAACUUAGAUGGAGGUUUCUGGAGAGGCAUCUUUGUCUGCAAUGGCGAGACUCCAUGCCCGACUUUAUUGGCGGAAGAGGGGGACAUCGUCGAGUUGAACGUUCACAAUGAUCUGUUCGGCCAAGUAUCGAUCCACUGGUCGGGCAUGAAUCACAGAAGAUUCGGCUUUUGGAAUGACGGGACUGGGGGUCUCAACCAGUAUGGACUUCUUCAACGAGGAAACUUCACAUCGAAAUAUGACACCACGGGGCACUGGGGCCUGAAUUGGUAUGCUGACCACACCGGUGUUGGCAUUAUGGAUGGUGCUCAUGGCCUGGCAUACGUCGCACCUUCGCCGUCUCGCCCCAGGCCUUAUCAUCGCAUCACGACCUCUCCUAAUGAGCUGGUCAUGAUAAGCGAAGCAGAGCGCAACGCUCAACACAUACUUGUCUGGAACUACUACCGGAGAGACGUCACCUGGCGCGUUCUUGAGAUGAGAAGCGAAGGGACCAACCUCGACUGCUACGACUCUAUUCUUGUCAAUUCAAAAGGCCGACGACAUUGCCGCCACCCCAACUUCUCAACUCUGAACGGCCAUCAACUGGAUGAGUCAGGAUGUAUGAUAGAGCAAGGAAAUGAUGGUGUGCGAUGUACUCCUACUGAUACAGAUUAUGAGGUGAUCGAAACCCACGGCAGACCUUGGAUUAUGCUCAAUGUUUUGAACAUUGGUUUUGAGCAUGCCGUUCGAUUUACCAUUGAUGAUCACAAGAUGUGGAUUGUUGCGAACGACGGAGGCUUCGUCGAGCCGGUGCUGGUUGACGUGCUCUACAUCACCAACGGUGCUCGCUACACCAUCUUAGUCAAGCUCGAUCGAGAAGGCGCCGACUACGCGAUGCGCCUAGUGUCAACAAGCAAUCGUCAAAAUCUCCAAGGAUAUUCUAUCCUGCGAUAUCCGGCAUUGCGAUACCCAUCACAUGGUGCUCCCAUGGAAAUACAUGAUCCUCCGAGCGGCUCGGCACCCUGUGUAAUUCCUGAUGGCUCCAUUCAUCCCAAAUGCAACACGACAACACCGGAGUCCCUGGCGCCGUAUCCGCCGUCAGCUCCACCACGAGCAAACCGAACUCUGCACUUCCAAAUUGCCCAGAAGCCUUCGCGAUAUGAGAAGCACGUCACGGAGACUUUCCUGAACGAGAAGCCGUGGCAGCUUUACCAUGCACAAAUGGCUCCUCUGUUGUUUAUCAACAACCCAUCAGCCAUUGAGCCACCGAUUGUGGGAGAUCUUCCUUGGGGCACGACCGUCGACGUGAUCGUCCAAAACACAGUCGACGACACGAUGCCGCUCUACAAACAUGGAGACCCCAUGUUCCUCCUCGGAUCCAAGCCCAACGCCACGUGGGAGUGGGACACGGUUGAGGACGCCAUCGCGGCUGGGACGGCAAAGCUUAACCUCAAGAACCCCGCCCUGCAGCUUGUCCACGACGUGCCGCCUCUUGGCUGGGCAGUGCUCCGGUGGCAGAUCCGCGUGCGCGGUGCCACCAUGCUGCAUUCGAAUAAGUUCAAGUACUACGCGAUGGGAAUGUCGGUUCCGUUACUCGAGGGCCUAGAUUCAACGGGCUUCCAAGUUCCUCAGCAUGUGAAAAGCAUGCCACAUGUCGAAUUCACGCCCAAAAAUGACGGUGUCUUUGGCUAA